GACGGAGUUCCGACGGCCGCGGAGAAGCGCGCCCGCGUGGUGAGCGAUGGAGCAAGCGAUUGCUGGGGAGGCGAGGCCAUGCACGAGGCCAAGAUAAGAGGGCCAACGAAAGGCGAGGCCGCGGGCCAAGUCAGCAGCAGCGUGACACCUGCGAGUGACAUGGCCGCGAGUCAUUCCCAGCCAUUCCGAGGUGGACCUUUCGCGCCACCCUCCGAGUCCAUUCGGUCCGGCCAUCUCGCCCGGCGCUUUCCGUCAGCAUCCGAAUUCUGCUCUGCUCGAGCGAUUGAGUCUUGCGUUCUUGCGAGUCGAGGUUUUGAUUUGUCGGGCUGGCUUGCAGCUGGGACUGAUGGGAGUUGCGCUGUAAAUGAAGAGUGUGGGUAUCCGCCACUCGAGCUGCUCUUUGCAGCAGAAGUGCCUUCUCGUCCGAUCUCUGCUCAGCAGCAGCAGCAGCAGCCAUUCUUGCUCGUACUCGUCCAGCGCAGUGAUGUCGGCCGCAUCAGGAGGUUGCGUUGUGUCCGCCAUCGUUCCCUCCUCUUUUCAGUCGUCUCGAGAGAUCAAAGCUGUGACCUGCUUCCAAGGGCCGAAACAUGGAGAAUUGGUAAAAUUCUUUCCAGGGACCGUAAGAUUCAAACAGACAUCUGGUUUGUUGCCAUAUAAUGCAGACAAUCGGCAUUUUGUCAAAAGGUUGAGUAUUCGUGCCCUAGACGAAACCACAGCAGAGCAAGUCAAGGAGACGACAGAAGUACCAAAAGAUAGCAAUUCAAAUGAUCCAGCACAGUCCAAUGGGACUGCAACGAAAGAAGCCUUACCAUCUGGGGAUCUUGAGUAUGAAGCUACUGGAGGAUGGGACGAAUUUGUCACACGAUGCAAAAUGCUAAUUGCUUUCCCAUGGCAAAGAGUGAAGAAAGGCAGCGUCUUGAAGUUGAAACUCUCUGGUUCGGUCACCGAGCAGGUGCAAAGCCGUUUCUCGCAGUCUCUAUCGCUUCCUAUGCUAUGUCAAAAUUUGAUGAAAGCAGCACAUGAUCCUCGAAUUGCCGGAGUGGUCCUCCGAAUUGAACCCUUAGACUGUGGUUGGGGAAAGAUUGAUGAGAUAUGUCGUCAUAUUGAUUACUAUAAGAAGUCAGGAAAGUUCUUAAUUGGAUUCAUGGUCGUAGCUGGAGAGAAGGAGUAUUAUUUGGCAUCCAAGUGUGGCGAGAUUUAUGCUCCACCUGGAGCAUACAUCUCCCUUCUUGGGUUAAAGGUGCAGGCAACAUUCUUGGGAGGUGUCUUCGAAAAGGUUGGGGUGGAACCACAAGUUCAGCGAAUAGGAAAGUACAAGAGUGCGGGAGAUUCUUUUUCUAGAAAGGACAUGUCGGAGGCGAAUCGCGAAAUGCUCACAGCUCUGCUGGACGACAUAUAUGGAAACUGGGUCAAUCAAAUAGCGCUAUCAAGAGGCAAGACUGUCAAAGACGUAGAAGAUCUGCUAGAUACUGGUGUUUUUGAGCUUGCUAAGCUGAAGGAAGGAGGAUGGAUCACGGACAUAAAGUACGAAGAUGAGGUAGAUGAGAUGUUGAAGGAGAGAUUGGGAAUCAAGGAGGAUAAGAAACUUAAAUCGGUGGAUUAUAGAAAAUAUUCUAGGGUAAAAGAGUGGACGCUUGGUUUAUCUGGAGGUGGUGAUAGAAUUGCAGUGAUCAGAGCUGUCGGAGGUAUCAGCAGAGCUCGUGGUGGUGGACUCAGCCUCUCCAGUGAGGGCAUCGUGAGCGAUUCUUUUAUAGAGAAAAUACGACAAGUUCGAGAUUCCAAGGAAUAUAAAGCUGUUGUUUUGAGAAUUGAUAGUCCUGGGGGUGAUGCUCUCGCUUCUGAUUUAAUGUGGAGAGAAAUCAAGCUGCUGGCUGCCAAGAAGCCGGUCAUAGCAUCUAUGGUAGAUGUUGCAGCCAGUGGGGGCUACUACAUGGCCAUGGCUUGCGAUGUUAUUAUAGCGGAGAGUCUCACCCUGACUGGUUCAAUAGGAGUUAUAACAGCUAAACUCAACCUUGGGGAGCUUUAUGACCGUGUUGGAUACAACAAGGAAAUUAUUUCACGAGGCCGAUUUGCUGAACUUGACGCGGAACAGCGGUCUUUCAAACCUGAGGAGCUUGAAUUUUUCAAAGCCAGUGCUCAAAAUGCCUACGAGCAGUUUCGCAACAAGGCUGCGCUUUCAAGAUCUAUGGAAAAGGAAAAGAUGGAGGAAGUAGCUCAAGGUCGAGUGUGGACGGGUAAAGCAGCCAAAGACCGAGGUCUAGUUGAUGGCGUCGGUGGUUUCUGGAGGGCAAUUGCAGUUGCGAAGCAAAAGGCAGGAAUUGCAAGCGAUGCCAAGGUUUCUCUCGUGGAGCUUUCAAGACAACAAACUUCUCCGCUUGCGGUUCUUCGUGGUGGAGCAGCUGUGCUUCUUCCUCUGAUAGAAUUAGCAGAGUCCGAAAGUGGUAGAAAAAUCAUUAGUUUUCUAAUUCAAGGGGCAAGUUUGUCAGAAGUUGCUUCUUCCAAAGGGAUUCAAGCUCGUAUGGACGAUAUUACAAUUGAUGGUCUAGGCUUGGAAUCAAGAAAGGAUUCUUCUGUAUAAUUCAACCCAUGUAAAGUAUACAUCGCUCUCUUCCCGUCCUAUGAACGAGCCCGUUCUGAACGGCGAUUUUUUCAUCGAGCUCGAGUUACCUGUUGUAUUUUCAUGAUCCGAACACUUUUUGAUUUCGUUGACUCUUGUUUCGCGUGCAUAUUAUAUAUGUAGUUUUCUCUUUCUUUGGGCAAGGAAUGCACUACAUUUGCCUUCUGUGUGAAUAUUAACUGAACACAGUUGUUUACUGUGCAAUAUUGUUUAAGUCAACACUUUGAUGCUGAUGUCAAAAGCUAUCCUAUUUUCAGAUGUUUCUCACUUGUGACUGUGGCACAAAGUUCUCAGCUUAUGGUGGUCGCAGUAAACAACCCCUGUUCAAAUUACUCUGACCUCUGUGCUGCGGCGAAUGUCGGGAAACUUCCUCACCUCCCAUACUUAUUACUGUUUUGAAGAAUUUACAUCAAGGUCAAUGACUGACAGACAAACUUGAAACUGAGGACUCUCAAUUCAACAGCUACUGACAAGUUGAUCCAGAGUCCCACUAAAAAGUUCAACCGAGUUUUAUCUGAAAGCCUGCUGGUGAGAAAAAAGCGACUCGAUUUUGGCUGCUUUUGGCGUGAUGUUUUAGGGUUUCAUGGACAACAAAACCUUAUGGCAAGAAUGGACUUACUUGUUCACAUAUUCUUCCGUUUCGAGUUAUGAUUUGUUUGCAAAAAUUAAAAUAGGUUCAGAGGAGAACAAAGACUCGUAAAUAAGUUUCACCUCUGACGCAACUGAAAGAGCCAUUAAGUAAUGUAACUUCGAAAAGACCUCUUAUUUCCAAUCAUGCAGAACGUGCACUCAUCAUGCAGAAAAGCGAAUCACCUCGGAGACUCACAUCAUCGAGACAAUCAUCACCCUUCAGUGCUGAUAUCCAUGAUCACAACUCUGUUCAUGCACCUGCAACGCAUGGAGAUGAAAAGACCGUAGUAAAACUAUACCUGCUCUUAGGCAGUAGACAGAAGCUGCAGCAGAGGACAACACUACUCAGAGAGAUUGAGAGAGGGAAGGGUAGCCCUAUCAAACAACAUGCACAACACUGCAGAAGACGGGUCACGUUUGGGCACCCUUGGAGAGCACGUGUUCAGGAGGGAAAGAGGCUCUUGGUCACCAGAUAGAUCACACCACCAGAAGAAACUGCCCACUUUGACCGAUUUGCAACCGACGGGUCAAUCCUCCCCCGCCGCCCUCCCAGGUGGCAGGGCCGUAGCGAGCCACGUGGCAUCCAUGGAACUGAAAGGGUCUUCGUCUCGAAGACCGCUUCGCAUCGAUCAGCGGGCUCGGCAUUGCGCCACUCGGUGACGUGAGAAUUCUCCAUGCGGAUGGCCAGCCCCGAAUCCAGUGACCUGCUGCGGAGUGCCCUGCGAGGAGUCGAGGAAGCUUCGUGCGGGGCCCGAAUGGCAUUUUGCCAAGUUUUGUGCGGACGGCGAAAAGGGUUGCCGGGACGGGGAGGAGCGACGGGGCAGAACCUCACCCUCGGAGUGUGGGGGGAUGAAGUGGCGUUGCGUGCGGGGAAUGAGUCCAACGGCCUUAUAUUAAGUCGCCCCCGCCCGUUGCGCUGGACGGCGGGGUUCCACACUCCGGCGGGGAUCCGGGAGGACGUUGAGCUUUGCGCAAGAUAUUAUAAGAUUCGCACCCGGCCGACCGCGGAGCCCCAUCCGAUCCUUC